UCAUUUACCAGGCACUUAUGGGCGGCCGACCGGGGUGAGAAGUGCGGGGGCAAGUGCAUGAUGGGAGGAUCCGGUGAAGCUGCAGUUAACUUGGCGCGGCGGCGCCUGUCUCUCUAAAGUGCUAGGGAAGAGGAGAUUACAUGAGCUCUGCUACACCCUGCGCCGUUACUGGCGUGGGUGUCGUAAGAUUCAUCAGCUUGCGACAUUCCCACCGGCUCAUCCGAGCUUCAGUCCACUAGUACGACUCCCUCCUCCAGCAGGGGGGUCGUGUCUCGCCUCCCGGGACAAGCACCAUGGUGCUGGUGGCGGCGCUCCUGCUGGUGCUGGCCCUGGCUGCUGGUGGUGGGUCAGGAAGGAAGAGCCUGAAGAUCGAGGACAUGCUGCCUGCGGGCUACGACAAGAUGACGCCUCCCAAGAGGGACGAGCAGCCCACUAUCGUCUAUUUCCACCUCACCAUCAUGAGCAUCGACUCCAUCAAGGAGAGCUCUGUGGACUACAGCAGGGACAUGCAGGUCUACGCCGAGAACACCGUCUCCAACAUCAACCUGCCUGACAGUCAGUCCACUGGGACCUUCGCUGCCGACGUAUUCUUCGCUCAGUCGUGGAGGGACCACCGCCUCGUGCUGCCCACCAACAUGACUUCAGACUACAGGCUGCUGGACCUGGACUGGCUGGGGCAUCUAUGGCGGCCAGACGGCUUCUUCAAGAAUGCUAAAGAGGUGAAUUUCCAGACGAUGACGGUGCCCAACCACUACGUGUGGCUCUAUCAGGACUUGACGCUCCUCUACAUGGUCAAAUUAACCUUGACGCUCACAUGCGCCAUGAACUUUGCACUCUACCCUCACGACACCCAGGAGUGCAAGCUGCAGAUAGAGAGCCUCUCCCACACCACCCAUGACCUGGUCUUCGCCUGGGACGCCGGUGUCCCUCUGGUGGUCAACCACGACAUUGAACUCCCACAGCAGAUGAUUGUUAGCAACGUCACAGCUGACUGUACUCAGGUCUACUCUACAGGUAACUUCACGUGUCUGGAGGUGAUCUUCAGGCUCAAGCGUCACCUGGGUCACUACCUCUUCCACACCUACAUCCCCACCUGCCUCAUUGUCAUCAUGUCGUGGGUGUCAUUUUGGAUCCGGCCCGACAUCGCGCCGGCUCGGGUGACUCUUGGAGUGACGUCGCUCUUGACUCUCUCCACGCAGCACGCCAAGAGCCAGGACGCGCUGCCUCCCGUCUCCUACAUCAAAGCCAUCGACAUCUUCAUGUCUGCAUGUACUCUGUUCGUGUUCAUGGUGCUCAUGGAGUAUGCCGUCAUCUGUGUCAUCAUGGGGGACGAGCCUACGCAGCCUCCCAACCCCAAGAAGCGGCCUUUCUUCACAAAUAUUAAAAUGUCCUUCACUAACAUCAAGGGCAGUGGUAGCUUCUCGGCAGGCAAUCCAAGCCGGGCUUCCCACACCCCGGCCACCACCUACUGGCUUCCAGCCUCCCACCCCAAGCACCGUCAAGCUCAGGCUAUUUUGGUAGACAGAAGAUCCCGUUACAUCUUUCCAAUAUCAUUUACUGUCCUCAACAUUAUCUACUGGAUUGCUUUCUGGAAAUAUUUGUAAAAAUUAUUUUUUGGCCGCUUUGUUUUAAAAUGUAUUUCUGUUGGUUGAAAAUGGUCUAUAAUUGUUAUAUAAUUUAAACGUGCAAAUGUUAUAUAUAUAAUAGGUACAACAUUUUAUAUAUAUACAUUAUAUACAGUAUAUAAUAUACAUAAUACAAUAUACAUUAUAUAUUAUAUAAAUAUACAUACAUACACACAAUGGUAGGCUUAUAUCAAGGUUAUCUGAUCUACAUAAAAGUUGGUCAAUGACUAAUACUGGAAUUUUAUUCUCAAAGCUCCUCUCAAAAUUUAUAUAGUAUUUUGAGAGUGGCAAUGAAAAACUUGACCGGGUAUCAAUUAAAACAUUUAUUUUGUGGGAAUAUUUUAUUAUAGAUACAAGUUUAAAUAAAAUAUCAAUAAUGAAAACAAUACUGAAACAAUAGUACUGUAUAAUGAAGACAAGACAGGCAAUGAAGUUUUUAAACUAAUGUAUUUAGCCCAGGUAGAUAUAUUAACAACACACAAAACCUUUAAACCUCACAACUCCCUUAUAAAAUAUAUUUAUAUAAUCUAACUCUUAAAAAUAUUUGUUUCCAAAAUACAAUGAAAUGCACUAUAAAAUUCAUUACCAGAUUAAUAUAUACCAGAAAGCACUGUGAAUUUGUAAUAUUUCAAGAAAUUAUUCAUCUACAUUUGGAAAAUAUAAUUAUAUAUAUAUUUCAUGCAUUAUGUACAUGUCACAAAAUAUUUAUUAUUUCGAGAACUGUGAAGAGUACAUUUCAGCACUAUGUUCUUUAAAUUACCACCUUUCAUUCAAAAGAUUUCUAGCACUUUCUAUAUACUGUAUACUGUUCGAUGAUUUGACUUCUGUUUUAUAAACAAAAAAAUACUAAAAUUCCACAAUCUCAUUUCAGACUUUUUUGCCCAAGUCGUGUACUCAUUGAGCACAGAUGAUGUACCUCAACUCAUGUCACAAACAACAUGUUAAAAAAUUUUUUUUUGUGCUGUGGCCUUGAAUAAUGCAGUGCUUCGUCUUUUGAGUAUGUCAUGUGGCUUCUGAAGAUAUAUAUGUGCCCUCAGGUUAUGAGACCUGAAUAUAUCUUAUGAGGCCUUUGUCUCAGGUCAUUUGUCUUAUUAAUAUGUCAAAUGUUUCAGAUCUUAUGGACUCAAUGUCUUUCAAGUGCUACAACAUAACAAAUAUCUUCAUUUUCUAGUCAGUGGUAUGUGUAUGUACUACACUUGAUAUGCUACAAGUCAUUAUUAAUACAAGAUUUGCAUAGAAAAAAAAGAGUUGCAACAUUUCCAAGUAUUAAGGGACACAAAACUAAAGGGAUGAGGAUGCUCACUUGCAAUGUUUCAUCAAUAUAAUAAUAACAAGCAGUAAUAGUUUGCAGAACUUCUUAGGAUAAUCUUAAAUUAUAUAUCAAUGACAUAGUUAAAACUUUAUUAAACAAAUAUAUGCUGAAUAAUUUGCAACAUGAGAGAGAUUGUAAAAAGAGAGUUGAAUUACUAAUGUACCAUACACUGUACAGUGGAAACAGUCAAAACAAAAUGAAACUAAGCAGGAGAUGGAUGAGCUUAAAGGAUUCUGCCUGGGUGUAUGAUGGGUUGCAACAAAAAUAACACACAGUGUUCACCGAAUCCUGAAAGCAAAACUAAAAAUAUCAACUAUAUAAUUUUAUUUUAAAUACAGUAUUUACUUUCUCCCUAGGGAUUUUGGUAUCAUAUACACUAAUAAAAGCACAAUAACUGUGGCCAAAAUACAGAUUGAUUAGACACCAGGGACAAGGUCUGAAAGAAUACAGUAGUUUCUUUUGAGCGAGUUUAUUCAUAUCAAAGAUGCCAACGAGGCUUGGUAUACAGCCUAAAUAUUUAAGGUGACACAUUUACAGCAUGUGAAAACAAUACUGUAUUGGUUAUUGUAGCCAAAUGCGAACAGCUUUGAUGAAAAUUUAUGAAGAAUAGAGUGAAGGCAUCCAAAAUUCUGAAGCACAUUUCCAGUAAUUUCUUAAUUACAAGAAAGAUUUUUGAGUUUAAAUUAGAACUAAAACCAUACGAAAAGCUAUAAGUGUCCACUUGGAGAUGAAGAGUAAUUGAAAAGUUUUUAUUCAAAAUCUUGUACAGCAUAGCAAUUACUAAACUUCUUAAAAAUACUAUCAUAAAAAUCAUGAAAUCAAUAUUUUCCUGCUUUAUAGUGGCUAUGAAAACAAAAAUGUUCAAGCAGUGAAAUUUGGAUGAUGAUGAUUUGUGAAAUUUCUUGAGAAUAUGUACAUAUUUUUAUUUAUUAUGAACAUAUGAAAGGUAUAAUGAGAGUAAAGACAACAGAUUCAUGUAGUUCUGUGGAAACACUGCAAGAGUAAAGUAAUCAGUGUAACCUGUCUUCAACUUCCUCUAUGCUACAACUUUAAUACACUUGAUACACAAAAUUAUCAAGUGCACAAGAGUGAGUGGAACUUACAAAAGGUAACUUUAUUUAAAAGUGAUACUAAGCUGUCAAAUGCUAUUCAGUUUUCGUGGGUAAGAAUGAGAUUCGUCAAAAUGUUCACAAGAGCAGCCAAAGUUGUGUCAAGAAUAUGUGCAGUGGGGUGGCAUAUACAAAUCCUACUGGGCAUCAAAAGAUUUGCAGAAAUUCUACAAAAUUA